UUGCAUAAAGCGAAACCCAAGUCGAAAUUAAUCUGAGCUACGUGAGCUGGCGAGGCUCUGGGGUCCACGUAGGACCGAGUUUCGGACUAUUUAUGAAGGGCUCAGUGCCCGAAGAGAGCUCAGUUCCACCAUGUCAGCCCAGAAAUUAUUGUUCAUUGCCCUGCUUCUUGUAGUGAUGAUGGCAGUGGCCUGGAGUUUGCCCAGUCAAGCGCAGAAUGCGACGAACACCUCGUCUGAGAGAAGACGGCUGAUCAAGGAUUUUGUGGCCAAAGUUCACGAGUUAAUAAGCAUAUUAAUGAAGCAGUUGCAACAACUGGCAGCCAUUAAAUAGCGCUGUAUCCGAAUAAAAUAAAUGAAUUUAAAUAAAAAACAAAU